AUGGCACCUUCCAGUCUUGUCUUCAUGGAUCAAAAUGGCCUGCUCACCCCGAAAGAGAAAAAUAAACUUAGAAAGCCAGUGGUGGAGAAAAUGCGCCGCGACCGAAUCAACAGCAGCAUCGAGCAGUUGAAGCAUCUGCUGGAGAAGGAGUUUCAGAGGCACCAGCCCAACUCCAAGCUGGAGAAAGCCGACAUCCUCGAGAUGACUGUGGACUACUUGAGACAGCAGAGCCAGCAAACCAAAACAUUGGGGCCUGUUCAUAAAGACACACAAGUGGACUUCACCGAAGGGUAUUCCAGGUGCCUACAGGAAGCCUUCCAGUUCAUGUCUCGCCACAAAGUCCACGCAGAAACUCAGGCUAAGCUCGUGAGCCACUUCCAAAGGAACCAGCUAUCUCUUCCUGAAGCCGUCCACUCAGCUUCCGGGCUGAAGCACUCGUCCUCCAAGAACAUUCACACUCUUUGGAGGCCCUGGUAG